AUGACCGACGAUGGUCAGAGUGGCGGUCACGACACUAAAAUAAUGAGUGCUACUCGAGGAGCGAUAUUCAUCGUUUGCUGUCUUCUUACAUUGUUCGAGCAAGUUAACUCAGUGCCUCAGCUGGACACGUCCUCGGCGGAAUCGGAUUCAUCACAAGACCUCACUGACUCGGCUUUGGGCUCAGCAUCAUCUGAAUUACACGAGGGCUCCGGAGAAGAUCCGCCUGACCCAGUACCUACUUCUGUGGCAAAGAAUGAAACAAGAGAAGCUCUGAAAACGGAUGGAAGUGAACAAGACCCGGUGGUAUUUUUAUCGGAGAAAAACGGCUACAUCCCGGUAAGCAUUAAGCCUCGGUCACCCGCAGUUGAUGUGGGUUGGAGGGAGCCCCCGGCCUGGGAAAGAGAGUACAGAAGACAUCGUACGAACGGCAGCCGAGUACAAUAUAUUGAGGCUGAAUGUCAAGAUGACUUCAUGAAGAUUCGGGUUGGUUUCAAUGGAUCGUUCAACGGAUUGGUUUAUUCCGCAGGUUAUUCUUACGACACGGAUUGCAUGUAUGUGAACGGAACUGGCCGAGAUUAUUAUGAGUUCUACAUUCAGUUGAAUAGAUGUGGAACCCUUGGUAGGAACAGCCAGCAUGAUGACUCAAGAAAACACCCCACCAAAAACCUAAUGUGGAACACUAUAACGGUCCAGUACAAUCCACUUAUAGAAGAGGAGCUUGAUGAACACUUCAAGGUGACCUGCGAGUACGGAUAUGACUUUUGGAAGACUGUCACGUUUCCAUUCCUCGAUGUUGAAGUAGCGACCGGCAACCCAGUCGUUUUUACACUUCAGCCGCCGGAAUGCUACAUGGAGAUUAGAUCGGGGUACGGAGCGAACGGCGCGCGGGUCGCCGGCCCUGUGCACGUUGGAGAUCCACUCACCUUGCUUAUUUACAUGAGAAGUUCAUACGAUGGUUUUGACAUUGUUGUCAACGAUUGCUAUGCUCAUAAUGGCGGAGGCAAACGGAUCAAACUUAUAGACGAAUUAGGAUGUCCAGUUGAUGACAAGUUGAUAUCUCGUUUUCGCGGCUCCUGGUCAGAGACAGGCGUAUUCGAAACUCAAGUUUACGCGUACAUGAAAACGUUCAGAUUCACCGGCUCGCAGACGCUUUAUAUUGAGUGCGAUGUCCGGAUGUGUCACGGGAGAUGUCCGUCACAGCCUUGUCACUGGCGGAACAUGAAGAGCGUGAAACGUCGUUCAGUUGAUGACAAAUCAGCGGGCACCAUCGCCCCGCCUCGCCUGUCAGACAACAUCUCGUUGUUCCAAUCCCUGCGGGUCCUACAGGAAGGCGAGGACGACGCUGAUACAUUACCCAGGACAGGUUCCCCAGAGGGGCAGACGUGUAUGAAGACUUCAGCAUUUUCCGCUGUAAUAGUUUCCUGCGGGGUUAUAAUAGCUGCUCUAUGCGGAGCUGUUUUGGUUGCUGCGAAAGGUUGGAGAAGAGAAAACACCGCACCCCAUCACGCCUACGUACCUCAUAAAGGACGGAUUAAAUAAAAAACUUUUCUACUCUAGAACCGAAUCAAACAUUUUCCUAACGCGAAAAUCACAAUUAUCAUUCCAGCAUUUUAUUAUAGUUGCCAUUUGUUGUGAACCAUAUACAUAUCGUCUUCUCGCAUUAAAACUGUAUAAUCUCAAAACU